UGGUGGUGGAACACAGCCUGCAGGGACAUCCGGAGCCGGUGGAGGCGGCGGGGGAGGAGGAGGCGGCGGCGGGGGUAGCGGCACAGCUCCUGCACGAAACGCAGUCAGUUCCGGCAACAUGUAUUCCGCCCGCCAAUCAGUAAGCACCUCAACCGGGGUCCUUAUGGUCGGACCAAAUUUUCGUGUCGGUAAAAAAAUUGGCUGUGGUAAUUUUGGAGAAUUGCGGUUAGGUCGUCGUAUGUGCUUCUUUCCGCAAACUGCCUAUUCAGCCCGUAAUAUUAAUCCAGCAGGCAAAAAUCUGUACAACAAUGAACAUGUAGCAAUAAAAAUGGAGCCAAUGAAGUCAAAGGCUCCACAACUACACUUAGAGUAUAGGUUUUAUAAACUAUUAGGAUCACAUGAUAAUUGUCCAGAGGGUAUACCACGUGUUUAUCAUUUGGGCACUUGUAGUGGCCGUUACAAUGCCAUGGUAUUAGAAUUAUUGGGACUGUCUUUAGAAGAUCUCUUCAAUAUAUGCAACCGUCAAUUUUCACUCAAGACUGUACUGAUGAUAGCUAAGCAACUUCUCCACCGGAUCGAAUAUGUUCAUAGUCGGCACCUAAUUUAUAGAGAUGUUAAGCCAGAAAAUUUUCUAAUCGGCAGAACAUCGACGAGACGAGAGAAAAUUAUCCACAUAAUUGAUUUCGGUUUGGCCAAAGAAUAUAUUGAUUUAGAUACAAAUAGACACAUACCAUAUCGGGAACACAAAUCCCUGACGGGUACUGCUAGAUAUAUGUCUAUAAAUACACACAUGGGCAGAGAGCAAUCUAGACGUGAUGAUUUAGAGGCAUUAGGUCAUAUGUUCAUGUAUUUCUUAAGAGGUUCACUGCCAUGGCAAGGUCUUAAGGCCGAUACACUUAAGGAAAGAUAUCAAAAAAUUGGCGAUACUAAACGAGCAACGCCCAUUGAGGUACUUUGCGAUGGCCAUCCCGAAGAAUUUGCCACAUAUUUACGUUAUGUGAGGCGGCUAGAUUUUUUUGAAACCCCCGACUAUGAUUUUCUGCGAAGACUGUUCCAAGACUUAUUCGAUCGUAAAGGCUAUGUGGAUGACGGAGAAUUUGACUGGACAGGGAAGACAAUGAGCAAGGAACAACUUGAUCAAAUGAAAGCUAUUAAAAAUGCACCACCUUCUCAUUUAGCCAAAAAUAAAUCGGAUAAGUCAACGCCGGUUGGUUCAUUACAAACAGGUCAUGAAGUUAUCAUUUCACCAAAUAAAGAUCGUCAUAAUAUUACUGGCAAGGAGGGUUCUUAUUAUGAUUUUGACGACGAUGAGGAAGAGUAUUUAGUUUUGGAGACAAAUGCCAAAGGAGGUGUUGCCGCGUGGCCAGAUGUACCCAAACCAGGUGCUACACUGGGCAAUCUUACGCCUGCCGAUAGGCAUGGUUCUGUACAGGUUGUGAGUUCGACAAAUGGCGAAUUAAAUGCGGACGAUCCCACUGCUGGUCACUCAAAUACUCCCAUAACGCAACAGCCUGAAGUUGAAUUGGUCGACGAAACAAAAUGUUGUUGUUUCUUUAAACGAAAGAAGAAGAAAUCAUCACGUCAAAAAUGACUAGAUGGUGUCCAAUGUAGUCCAGAACGCGAAGCAGUCACUUUGCUGCGCGCCACUUCACAUUCAAAUUCAAGGGAUAGCGUUUUAAAUAAUCCAAGUCAGGAUUAUAUACAACAGGCAACGUCACAACAUACGUUGCGUUAUCCUCCAUCCGCGUCAAUGUUGACGCCUACACCAACUACUAAUACACCGACACUUCCGUUGUAAUUUAAAAACAUUUAAAGUUAAACAAACAAAAAGAAAAACAUUAAAAAAUCCAUAAAAAAAUAAAAAUUAUAUUAUAUACAUUAUUAAUUUAGCAUUAUUAUUAUGAUUUAUUAUUAAAAAAAAGAACAAGAAAGAAAAAAAAAAAACAGAAAAAGAAAGAAACAGAAGGAGAGGAAACACAUUAAAAACAAAAUAUUUUUUAUUUUAAUUUUUUUUUUUAUUUACCAAUUUAUAUUUUUUGCGUUAUUAUUAUAAAUUAUUAUAAUUCUAUUAUAAAUUUAAUUAAACAAAAGAUAAAAAGAUUGAUAACAUGAUGAUAUAAAAAAAUAAUGAUAAUGAUUAUGAUGAUGAUAAUGAUCAAAACAGAAAGUGGAUUAAAGAAAUCACACAACCUAUAAUUUAACAUCCGCCUUUGAUCGGGCGCCACAGAGUUUAAGUUGUAUACAAAAACAAAAGGAAAACAAAAAAUAUAAAGAAAAUCUAUUUAAAAAAAUAACAAAACAAAAGUAAUCAAAAACUAUUUUCAUUCAUUCACUCACUCACUGACAAAGAUAAUGAUUAUGAUUAUGAUGAUGAUGUUGAUUAUUUUCUUUCCAGUUUCUAGCCUAUGUUUGAAUUCUUGCAUAAUUUAUUUUCUGUGAAAAUAUUUAAAGAUAUUCAUUCAGAUCAUGUGUUAAAACAACUUUGGUGCUGUUUUAUUUUCUCCAUAAAUUCUCUUAACAAAGGCUGCGCAUUUUUUGUUUUUUUUUUUUUUUUUUGCAAAUUUGAUUUGAUUGAUUUAAAAGCGGCACGAUACGCUCUUCCCCAUAUAUUAUUUUACUCCUAAAUUACGAAUCGGACAUACAAUCGAUUUUCUUCCUUCUUACUAGCUAAAUUAUUUUUUUCUUUUGGUUGUUAAAUUUGUUUUUCCUCUUUUUUUGUUUAUUUUUGAAAAAAUCUGUUUGUUUUAUUUUUCCAAAAUUUCGACUAUGGACUAGACAGACAUUUGACAAAGAUUCGUAAUUGAAGGCCUUAAGUCAAACAUAUUGCAUCAUUUAUGAAAUAUUAAAUCUAAUCGAUCUUGUAGGUACACCUAGGUAUUUCAAAAUAAUUCUUUGAAACAUUUUAAGAUGUUGAAAGAUCAAAUUAAAUUUCUUUUGUACAGUAAUUUAUAAUAUUUGAAAAUAAAUAAGUUAGACAUCAUAUGCAAUUCAUACAGUAUUGGUCAUUUACUUAACACACAUCUUGGAAUAAAUAAAUUUCUAAAUUUUAAGAAAAAUAUCAGUUAAACACAAAGUUCAUAACGAUUUGCCUAUUUACCAGGAAUUGUCAUUUAUAUGAGUGUUCAUUGUUUUACCGUUGUUUUUUCAACCCUUAAUGAAAUUACCUUGAGCGUCGCAGCUCUUAUUGUCAGAUGGUACUCGAUGUACAAUACAAUAAAACCAUCUGGUAACAAUAAUACUUUUAUAAGGCGUUCAUAACAACUAUUUCGAAGUAAAAAAGAAAACCCACCAAAAUCGUUAGCUAAAUUUAUGCCGUGUUUAGAUCAGAUCUAGCAAUUGUAUAACAUGCAUGUAGGGAGAUGUUGUUGUUAGUUAAGUAGGAAGGUAUGGGAGAUAAUUAUCACGUAAACGGAUAAUUAUCAUAUAGGUUGAGUACCUUAUUCCUACUCCUGACUCUCACAUAUUACAUUGACUGGGCAGAGAAUUUGUAAAAGCUGUCAAAUGAGUAAUAGGUUGGUGCCAUUACUGCGUCAUCAACGUUCACAUUCGUACUUUCGUUAUCCAUAUAGUUAAAAAGUGUUACUGAAGAUUUGGUGGCCCCAUACCCAAAAUAGGUAUGUUAGGCAUUCAACCUAGCGAUGUAAGGGCAUGAUGUCAUGAUCGGACAAUUGCCGAAUAUUAAAGAAGAAAUCAUCCCCAAACGACUCGGCAUGUAGUUCCAAGUUUCGUUCUAAACUGGAUGGAUGUGCUAACGAUAUAACGUUCUAUGGCUCCACUUGUUCAAAUUGAGACGCAAAAGCCUAAUGAACAUUCCAUUACGGAACAGCGAGGAUACUUCUCUCAUAUGAAUGAGUGCUGACCGAUACAAGUAUAAAGCUCAAGAUGAUAGAGGAUAAGAGAGACCACACAAAGGAGCUUCUUGUACUACUCAACAGGGCUUGGACUUCUUAUCCUUAAAUAUCAAUACGGUGGGUACCUAAUUCAACGUUUCAUUCUCAGUUGAAGAGACAUGCUGAAGAUGUCCUUAAAGACAACCUAUUGAAAGCUUUCGAUAUGCGUCAGUCGUCCAAUAGCUCUGCUUGUCCUGAUUGAGGCGUAAGGGCCUGUUUGACACAAUCUCAAUGCUUUGAAAAGUAAAGAGAUGGAAUAAAAGAAAAGAAGAGGCCAUAAAGGUCUUAAGGAAAAUCUUUGUUCUACGGUUAUUGUUUUAGCAGUGUGUUGUAAGAAUACCAUCAGGUCAAUGCGGUACGUACAACCGGCUGCCAUACUAAACAGGGCUUUCAAUACGACUUGGUUCACAUUUCAACGUAUCGUUUAAGGCUGGAGAAACAUGCUGACGAUGUCCUCAAAGAGCAUCAGGUGGUGCAUAAGUAGUGGUUAAGCCUUGUCAUAUAGAGUAUUAUAGGGUUUCAGUAUUUAAACAAGAGUCUGUGCCGCCCGUCUGCUCUCUGAGCCAUACACUGGAUAGCGCUGAUUAUCCGCGAUUGCAAUUGCAGUUACUGCGUAUAUGGAGCAUUUUAUUAUCCGCAAUCAAUAGACGCGUUCUCAGCUGAGCUUCUCGUGAUGACGAGGAACACUACAUAAAUAGGGGCUCAAAGUACCAACCCGUGUGGUGCUCAUAGUCAUCCCAUACAACAAAUUGCAGUCUAAAGGCAAAAUUUAACUGUUGACGUACUGUCACUAUCAAUGUGGCAGACGAUGGAAGAUAUUUUCGAAUUAAUUGCAGUGCAGUAAGGAAGGCAUUCGACCUAUAGGAAAUCGUUGUUUCACUCAAUGAGACAAGUUGUUUCUCUCAAGGGCAGGUCACUAGAAAGCUCGGUUGCUAUCCGCUUCACUCGGAGACCCAGGGUCUAUUGUGUUCGUUUAGAAGAAGGCAGAAAAGAAAAAGAAGACGAAGAAAUGCAGAUACAACAUAGAAAAGUGCAAAACAGUAUAAGCCAUAGAAGGAAGAAUAAGGAGGUAACCAACGCACAAAACAGAAAAGUAAGUAAUGAGGCGGACCAAGGAGAAACUCACCGGUGAAAGUAAUGUUAAGUCGGCCAAUUUAGGCCUCUGCCGAACUUCAGAAUGAUGAAAGGAUGGAGUGCGCUAUAGAAAGAAAUGUGUACCCAUUUUCUGCGUCCUCUCUCAACUGCAAGGCAGUGUGACAAAAAAUGCUUAACCCUCGCCAAAAUCUGCUUUCUGUAACACAUCCUACAGAAGUCCCUCUCUACUUGUGUCAUAAAUCCGAUAAUCCUUAAUGGACCGCCUGACACAAUUACCCAUGGUUCAAAGAAAACGGGUUACCACAGAGGUCAGUGGUCUCUGCGCCCCUUUUUUUGUAAGAUAUCCAGCUUGUCAAAAAAGGACUCUCCUUUAUCCACUGCGUAGCAUAUAGCUUGGCGACCCGACGCAUCGCCAUCUCCCAACAAAUGUCCAUAGUUCCAGGAACACCAGGUUCCCUACUGGCUCAGUCUAAGGGUGGUCUUUCUUGGCGCACAACCAACACAAAAAUGCAAAGGCUUACAAUAGAAAUGACAUUCAGCGGCUCCCCCGUGACAAUUCUCCUUGCAUAAGAGAUCAGCAUCACCCCGACACCCUCUACCCUCUCGAUUACCCUGAGAAAGACAGCUGCUCAAAUCCUGUUGAGAAACAUUCGAGCCAUUGCAGUAAACAUAUAGUACAUCGUCACCGUUAAUCGAAUGACCCAUUCCUCGACAUUCCUUCUGCAGCUCAGUUUCUGGAAAAUAGAAUACUAGAUUUCCCCUUAGUCCCAACUCAUACAAGUAAAUUUUACUUGUCGCAGAUAGAUAGAGAAAAUGGAAAUCAAUGCCUUUAUCUAUUUUUCCUUAGAAAUUAGGAAUUUCCGUAAAUAACAUUGCCUAGGUUGAAUUCGUUUAAAUGUUCUUAUCAGCCAAUUUUAAUUUAUCGCUUGACAAUGAGGUUUAUCUAGGAAAAAAAAAUCAUACAUAUACUGGAUAGCUAUACAUAAUAUCGGAGCUAUCUUUUAUCUUAAAAAAAUGUGAUACAUAUUUUAUAUAAUUCUAGAGUGUGCUAUUUAUAUGACCAAUACUGUUAAACUCUAUUAAACGUUCGCUUUAUAGUCAGUCAUUCAUUCACAGUCUUUGAAUGUCACGGACCCAAAUUAUAUAUGAAAAUUUUCGCUUACGACUUAAAAUAUUUUGUUUUUUAAUUGUGUAAAAUUAAAAUUACUUUUAUAGUAGAUACAUAUUAAAAAGAAAAUCUUAAAACAAAGGUUGGUUGCCAAUCUUCAAGUGAUCCAUAAUUGUGUUUUGAUUUUAGUUAAUGAACGCUUUUUCGAUUAUUUAAAUAAAUUUUAACGCUUAAUCACCCACGCCCCAUCUCUUUACUCACAACACUAUUUACAUUUUUUUUUUGUUUGUUUUGUAUAAAAAAAAUAUUUUUAAGUUCUUAUUUUUUUUUUGUUGCUAGAAAUUUUUUUGGCAAUUAAAGUGUGUCCUAUUAAGUUAUAAUGAAAACAAUUUUUUAAUUUAUGCAGAAAUAAAACGGAAACAAACAAACACAACAAGUUAUAUAAAUGUAAGCAACAUCAAAAAAAUGCUCCUUCUUUCAAAUUACAACUACAACAAACAAACAACAACAAACAAACAACAACAAACAAAAAAAACACAUAAACCCAGAUAAACAAAAAACAAGAAACAAAACAAAAUCGUUAGUUUACAUUAAAUAAUAAAGAAAAUUCUCUAAAACAAAUCCCCCAUUAAAAAUAUAACAAAAAAAAAAUAAAAAUCAACAAAAGCUAUUGUAAAUUUGAAGCAAUUUUUUAUUAUUAUUUAUAAAAUAAAAAUAAAUUUAAAAAAUCAUGAUAUAUAAACAAACCUAUGUAUUUAAUAUGGACUAUAUAUACAUAACUCUGCUACAGAAAAUAAAAAAACAAAUGAUAAAAUUAAAAAAAAUCAGAACAAAACCUACAACUCCGAAUGAUGAUAUGCAGAUAGAAGACACUUGAAACGCAGACAUAAAAGAAUCUAAUCUAUUUGCAAAAAGAAAAAAAAAACAUUUAAUCAAAUUAAAUUUCAAUUGAUGAUAAAUAUAAAGAUGAUGGUCUACUUUACAGUGUAA